UCACUGAUGCAGUUGGUCACUGAUUAGCACUCUACAGCGGUGUGAACUCAUGCCAAUAAACAUCCGAAGCAAUAUACCUGCAACAAGUCUGAAACGUUAUUCCUUUAUUUCCUGAUUUGAUGUAAUUUUGCCGAAUAAUGCAGCAGGAGGCCAUGGAGGCGGAGGGCUCUACUUAUAUGCUGGUAGAAACAUUGAGUGUUAUUUGGAAAAAUUAUCUUAGUACCGGCGAUGACCGCGAAGCUAAAUUACAUUGGAUGGAAUUGUUUCUGUUUUAUUUUCAAUACGUUGAAGAAGAUGCUUUACAGUCAGAAGUACUUAUAAGUUUGUUAAAUAAUAUUCCAGAAGAAACAACCUCAUAUCUCUUGGAGACAGUGUGCUGCAUCAUAAAUAAGUCUCACUUAUCAAUUUCUUCAUGUACAGCAGAAAGCAAUAGUACUGACCUAGUACAAGAUGAGAUAAGCAAACUCAAAAGCGAUGUGAAUUCCUUUCCGAACAAUAAAAGUUUUACACCGCUCAUACUAAAUGCACCGAGUGACUGGAGUAAAAUAGUUGCCCUUCGCAGCUUUCUUACACACAGUUUGGGUAAACAUUUGCUUCGAUUUUUAUUGCGUGUGGAUACCAAGCUCAUCGCUUCACAAAAAGGCCUUUGCACUUUAUGUAUCAAACUGUUCCCGAAUUGUAAAUGGAACACAGCAGACAUUAAACUAGACUCUUCCCCCUCCAUAUUAACAGUCAUCGCUAAGAUUUCUCCAUUUCAGUGCCCAAACUUGCGAAUUAAUCGUACUACUACAAAUAAAUCACAAUUUGAAUCACUUUCAUCUCAACAAAUUGAGAAGGAACUUGAUGGUUUUAAAAGCAGUAUUGCUAGCAGUGAUGAAAUCGCUUUCUUGGUGAUACAACUAAUGUCAAAGUGCGUUUCAAAUGAAUGUGAGGAUAAUCUUAAUCCCCAAUCAAUAUCAGUGCUUUCAUUAAAUUUUGCAUUGGAAUGCUUAUGUGGCAGUGAUGAGAUGUAUAGCACAGAGCAAAAUGCCUGCAAAAUUAAGUAUGAACUUCUGCAACUUAUAAUACGCUGCAUCAACAAUAUAUUUAAUGCUUCUUCCGGUUUAACCGCUGUACAAUUUCAAAACGUAUUCUCAAAGUUAGCCACCAUCUUACAAAAACAUGCUAUAGAAGUCGUAAACCCAAAGUCUGGAAAUUUUGCCGAUAGCAGAGAGUCCGCUUCAAAUAAUUUUAACAUUGAAUUUCUAAGUGCGACCAACUAUGUACUGUUUUACAUCCUCCAAAAUAUCAUAAGUCACCUACACAAAUUGAAAAGACCGUAUCAUGAUUUGGGUAGCAAAAGCAGCUUGAAUGAUUUUAAGUUCGUUGAUGAGAAUGUGAUUGAUGUAAGCAUUGAAACAUUCCAAAAUGUGUUACAGAACCUAAACACCAAUACUGAUGGAGAUGCCGAAGCGUCAGUGCUCCUUAUGCUGACCUUCAAAGCACUUAUUAAAAUAAUAGAUCAGCUUUUCAAGAAUGAUCAACUCGUUAUGAACAAUUCUAUUCACCCAAUCGGUGGUCACGCACGCAGAAGGCGCCACCUUUUUCGGCAGGUACAUUGCUGGUCGUCACAAGCACCAACAUUAAGCUGCUUCUUUCAAGGCACUUUACUAAAUUUGCUCUCUAAAAUCUCUGUAGAUAUGCAAGAGUACGCUGUACGUUAUUUAUUACGUAUUGGUAUUUGCUGCUGCCACUACACAAUAAAUACCUAUGCCACAUGCUUGGAUAUAGUUCUAGCUUUAGCUCCGAAAUAUCAAAAUUACAUUUAUAAAUUUUUGCAUCGUAAAAUACUCUGCACUAUUUUUUCUCAUGGUGGUCUCAAUAAACAUCAAGCAGAAAACUGUGCUAAAUGUGAUACAAAAUUAAAAUCGCCAGAGUUUCGAAAGGAAGUUUUGCAGCUCUACAAACAACUUCAUGAAAAACUCGUUAAUGGUAAUGAAGAAAUCUGCAAUAAAUUGACUGCACUUCAACUUUUGCUAAAGCAUUUAAAAUGCAUAUCAGAUACUUUGAACAGCGACAUUGCUGCAGGUAUUCUGGCCGAACUUAUUUUACCCGCGUUCCGUAAAUUUAAAUCGGAUAUACUGAAAAGCCGAAAUUCGAACAAAGCACCAUCGAAUGAAAAACUACCGCAAUCCAUGAACAGAAACUCACCUAUCACUGCGUCAGCCGAUAAAAACGAUGAAACACCAGAUGCCACAUUGAUUUGUUUCGGUAUUGUACAAGAUUGUUUGAAUAUUUUCGUUGCCUAUUUGGAAAUAGAUAUACGUUUAAUAAAAGCUUUCUACAACGAAGAAAAUAUAUCACAUUUAGAGGAUUUGUUUGGCGAACCGACACUAGUUCAUAGCAUAUGCGACCUCAUUAAAAUCGGCAUCGAUAAUAUGGCAUUUUUGGGGGAAAGCAGUAAAGAACAAACUGUGUUAAGCCAACGUCUCAUUAUGCUGCUAUUGAAAAGUGGUAGAGAGCACGCUUUGCAGUUCAAUGCACUACUCGACUAUUCAAAUAAUUCAGCUGCUAGCAAAGAUAAGAAGGCAGAAGAACCAGACAUAUCACGUGCGCCCGAUAUUUUGUAUGCUGCCGCCUUACAGUGGUCAUUUACAUAUGAGCUAUUCCAAACAAGUCAGUGCUUCUUUAACGCCUUUUCGGCGAUAUAUAAUUUAAAUAAAAAUCAAGGUAUGCCCAUUGACCACGAUGAUUCAAACCCGCAACGUACAAGUGAACCGGAUUGCUCACCAAAUGCACUUUGUAACGACAAGGGGAUUGACGACAUUUUGACGCUAAACUAUAAUGCAUUGUGCACUUUUUUGCAACUUUCACAACGAAAAUCUACGAUUGCCUCUAAACCCACACGCCCACAUUAUCACAUCAAUACAUCAACAUCGCCCCCAAUACAAAGCACAAUGUACACAGUAGACCCCGAAGCCAUUAAAGAAGACUGUUGUUUGUCAAGUUCACUGGAAACUUUGCUCUCAAGCAUUGAGGUAGAUGCGAUGCAACAAACGGUAGACUCAGUUAGUUUAUCGAUUGCAUCGAAUGCGGCAACAAUUGCCGGUGUAAACGCUUCAUCGUUACAUGGCAUCCAACGCUUGCCGAAGGGUGAUAGCACUUCUCAAAUAAGCUUGCAUUUAUCUACAGAAGCUUUCAAUUUAUCAUUUUUGGAUACAUUAAAACACCAUAAAUCAAUUCACUUUGAAGAUUUGUAUGCAACUGAGACGGAGAUUGGGGAUUACAUUGUAAUUUACGACGUUCGCAACCAGGUCAGUUCACAUGCUGUUCACAAUUCAGCAUUAUCCAUAACAACAGCGACGUUAAACGCUUCCAGUGUCGGCACACUAGCCAACACAACUGUGUGGAACUGUGCCGCUGAUGCGCUUUCAACAUCAACGGUGGUAGUUGGGCCGGAAACUCGCGCAGCGGUACUAAAUAUUGGGACAAGUAUAAUCGGGAAAUUAUUUAGUGUCAUAGGUUCGAUUUUUGGUGGUGCUAGUUAUGCAAAUUCAGUAAGCGAUUUAAAUAACAGUACAAAAGAAGAGUGCCUAGGUGAAGGCAUCGAUCCGAUACUUAUUUGCUUAUUAGAAUCAAGUAGCGAUAGCAAAAGGUAUCUUCUACGAUUAUUCGAAGCAACAUUGGCAAUAGCAAUUAAAGGUUUUAAACAAGAAGGAGCAGAAGCGAUGGAUAGGCAUUUAUUGAAACUGAAAUCAGUGAUAUUGAAAAGUGCUAUAUCCAACUGGAGUCAAACGCACACAGAGGAGCGUACGCGCGAAAACGCCGUGGUAAAAGCUUUGCACAGCCUCCUAAGAAUAGCAGAGCAAUACUCUACCAGCAAAGCCCUUGCAGAUUUCAAUGAAAGCACCGACCUUGAUAAUACCGCCAGUGAGGAUGCGGCUUUACAAUCGACUCUCCGUCCGCGUGCGCGAUCUUUUACCAGUACAAAAACCCAUGGCAAAAACAGCAACGCGACCACACCACGUACGCCUGUGCCAAAGAGGCCGAUCUCCGGCGAAAGUUGCGAUGCAGAUUAUUUUUCCACGCGAAUGUCAGUAUUCUGUGAGAGUGAAAUGGAGCUCAGCGAGAAUGAGCACGAUGACAACUAUAUAACGGCGGACGAGGGCUACGAAGCUGAUGGCGAGAUACCUGAAAUAUCUGAAUCUGAAACUGAGUUGGAUAAGGCAGAAUUUUGGAAUUCAUUUCAACCAAGUUCUCGUUAUCGUACACAUCUGCUACACGAUGGUCUUUGUCAGUUGGUAGUUGAAAUUCUUAUUGAGCUGUCAGAAAGAUGCAUCCACAAUCCGGUGGGUUGGAGUGACUGUUUGGUGCAACUGGCAAAUCGUCUAUUCGUAAUUCGUGCUCAUAUAGGAGAUUCACUAUUUUUACUGCGUGGCUUUGCGCCAGUUUUGAAGUGCGGCGAUCCACGCCUGAGAGAACUUCAACAAGCCUUGCUAGAGUUAAUUAUGGACAUAAACACUCCUGAAGUUAUCUGCACAUAUUUUAAUAUCUUAUCCGCCAAAAAUCCGCCUGUGGAUCUUCUAAUAAGAUAUCUGAAUCAUAAAUGUGGCAGUAAACUGAAAAAGCCUCAACCCAUGGUCGAAUUGGAAUUCCCUAUGGCGAUCGAUGGCAAAUGCACUUCAACGAGCGAUCAACGUUUAACAAUGGAAAUCGAUCGCAUUCGAAAUCAACAUAUAAAUGCGCAAGCCACGACACCAUUGUCUCGUACUCCUUGUAUCAUACCUAUAACCCAUGCCAGACUGUGGGGCAAUGACGGUUUCACACUUUCGUUUUGGCUGCAACUGAAAGGAACAAAUAUUAACAAACCCUCAUCUUUAAUUGCAGAGGAUGACCAGCGCAGUUCUCUCGAAAACAAUCUGAAAACACACAUUGUUUCCAUAGGCACCAACCAAGUAAUGUUAAGUGUUUAUGUUGAUAGCAAUAUGAAGUUAGUUUUCGAGACAAGCAAGCCGAAUGCCGAGAUCCAAACGCAAGCUCAAUCGCCGUCAGAGCCAGCAAACGGGAAUAUGGAAGAGAAAAAUCAAUCCUCAGCAAAAGAUGCUGUUACUGAUUCAAAAACUCCUACUCCUUUGGUUAGGCCUACAAGUGCAUCCACAAGUCCAUCCACUCUGCGAGUUGCUUUGAAACAGACUAAGCUUGUGAUUCUUAACAGCUUUAAUAACAUGCAUCUUUUCAAAUAUCAUAACCACCAUCAUUCGUAUGAGAAUUCUUCUGUUGAGCUGAAAUUAUUUCGAUGUACACGGAAUAGCUGGACACAUGUCGCAUUUGGAGUAUGUGCUCAUCAAGAUCAUUUAGAGCUAACAGUUUACAUUGACGGUGUGGAAGAAGAUGUUAUAAAUUUACAUUUCCGAAAUAUCCGAAGUUCCAUAAAAAGUCACGCCUUCCAAAUAAUAUGCCUUGGAGACAGCGCAUAUUCAGUUAUAAGUUCCAAUGGCUUGGGUGAUAACACAGAAUCGCAACGGUUGAACUCUGAGGGAUACCCAAUACCCUUUAGCAUAUCUAACUUAAUGCUAUUCAGUAACAAAUUUGCAGCAUGGGAAACCAUAGCCAACUUGACGGCAAUGGGACCGGACUUUUCAGAGCUUGCUCCACUUCAAGUUAACUCCUGGCAGCCGAAUUAUGGAUUUGUAAAUUUAAGUAAACUGAAAAAAGCCAAUUUUGGUAGUGUUGCGGAAUCAAUUAAACUGUUGUACGAAGCUCGUAUGCUAUCCUAUACAGCAGAGUCUCCAGAUAUUGUGAUGGGCUAUAACAAUGAAUCAAAAGACGGAGGCGUAGUCAGUGCUGAAGCGAUGGAUAAGCAUUUAUUGAAACUGAAAUCAGUGAUAUUGAAAAGUGCUAUAUCCAACUGGAGUCAAACGCACACAGAGGAGCGUACGCGCGAAAACGCCGUGGUAAAAGCUUUGCACAGCCUCCUAAGAAUAGCAGAGCAAUACUCUACCAGCAAAGCCCUUGCAGAUUUCAAUGAAAGCAACGACCUUGAUAAUACCGCCAGUGAGGAUGCGGCUUUACAAUCGCCUCUCCGUCCGCGUGCGCGAUCUUUUACCAGUACAAAAACCCAUGGCAAAAACAGCAACGCGACCACACCACGUACGCCUGUGCCAAAGAGGCCGAUCUCCGGCGAAAGUUGCGAUGCAGAUUAUUUUUCCACGCGAAUGUCAGUAUUCUGUGAGAGUGAAAUGGAGCUCAGCGAGAAUGAGCACGAUGACAACUAUAUAACGGCGGACGAGGGCUACGAAGCUGAUGGCGAGAUACCUGAAAUAUCUGAAUCUGAAACUGAGUUGGAUAAGGCAGAAUUUUGGAAUUCAUUUCAACCAAGUUCUCGUUAUCGUACACAUCUGCUACACGAUGGUCUUUGUCAGUUGGUAGUUGAAAUUCUUAUUGAGCUGUCAGAAAGAUGCAUCCACAAUCCGGUGGGUUGGAGUGACUGUUUGGUGCAACUGGCAAAUCGUCUAUUCGUAAUUCGAGCUCAUAUAGGAGACUCACUAUUUUUACUGCGUGGCUUUGCACCAGUUUUGAAGUGCGGCGAUCCACGCCUGAGAGAACUUCAACAAGCCUUGCUAGAGUUAAUUGUGGACAUAAACACUCCGGAAGUUAUCUGCACAUAUUUUAAUAUCUUAUCCGCCAAAAAUCCGCCUGUGGAUCUUCUAAUAAGAUAUCUGAAUCAUAAAUGUGACAGUAAACUGAAAAAGCCUCAACCUAUGGUCGAAUUGGAAUUCCCUAUGACGAUCGAUGGCAAAUGCACUUCCACGAGCGAUCAACGUUUAACAAUGGAAAUCGAUCGCAUUCGAAAUCAACAUAUAAAUGCGCAAGCCACGACACCAUUGUCUCGUACUCCUUGUAUCAUACCUAUAACCCAUGCCAGACUGUGGGGCAAUGACGGUUUCACACUUUCGUUUUGGCUGCAACUGAAAGGAACAAAUAUUAACAAAUCCUCGUCUUUAAUUGCAGAGGAUGACCAGCGCAGUUCUCUCGAAAACAAUCUGAAAACACACAUUGUUUCCAUAGGCACCAACCAAGUAAUGUUAAGUGUUUAUGUUGAUAGCAAUAUGAAAUUAGUUUUCGAGACAAGCAAGCCGAAUGCCGAGAUCCAAACGCAAGCUCAAUCGCCGUCAGAGAUAGCAAACGGGAAUAUGGAAGAGAAAAAUCAAUCCUCAGCAAAAGAUGCUGUUACUGAUUCAAAAACUCCUACUCCUUUGGUUAGGCCCACAACAUGGGAAACCAUAGCCAACUUGACGGCAAUGGGACCGGACUUUUCAGAGCUUGCUCCACUUCAAGUUAACUCCUGGCAGCCGAAUUAUGGAUUUGUAAAUUUAAGUAAACUGAAAAAAGCCAAUUUUGGUAGUGUUGCGGAAUCAAUUAAACUGUUGUACGAAGCUCGUAUGCUAUGCUAUACAGCAGAGUCUCCAGAUAUUGUGAUGGGCUAUAACAAUGAAUCAAAAGACGGAGGCGUUGUCAGUGAUGCCUGCUCACAACCCAUAAUCAAUAAAAGAGGCGAAAUAUUGGAGAUUAGUGAAAACACUAGCGCCAUUGUCGUAUAUCCGCAGCUGAUCAUAUCAAUAUUACAUCGUUAUUCAGAUUGGCAUCGUUCUGGAGUGGAACACUCCGAAGUACUGGACAUGUUAUUCCUAAGUAUUUUGGCGUUGACCAGCGAAAAACAUCCACAUCGAGAUUUAAAUUUAUAUCAAUUGAGUGAAGCUGGUCUACUCAAGGAGCUACUCAAUUUAUGCAAAGUUUAUGUGAUUGAAUCACCAAAUCCGGUGUACAUAUCGGCAAGUGCAGCUGAAUCAUUUGUGGCCAUAUUGUCAGUUUUUGCUGGUUCGCCACCAUCCACAUCGCUAAUGGAUGAAAUAAUGAAAUUGGCCUUACUUCUGCAAAAGCCCAGUGAAUGUUACAUCACACAUGAUAGAUCGAAAUUCUAUUUUCUCUUAACAUCACAGCCGCCAGUUAGAGAAAAAUUAUCAACGGUGUCCAGCUUUAAUCGAGUCGCAACGCCAUUUCGACGUAGAUCUAAACGAGAGCGACCUGGCAUCGCAGUCCCUAUUGCAGUACCGACACCAGAUGCGAAUACAAAUGCGAAGCAAAAUGAGAAAAUUAAGCGUUUACGGCGUUUGCAUAUAUCAGCCGCCAGCUCACCUUUCAGACGCAAUUUGCUUGAGCUCGAAGAUAAUUUGGAAAAUGUCGCUGACUGUGGCAGAUUAAACAAGAAAGCUUUACGCUUACUAAGCCCGUUAGAUAUCGAGAAUUGGCGUACAAGAUUCAAACACAGUUCGAAUUGGAAUAUGCCGGCGAGUCCAGUAAAGAAAUUACAUACUUCGAAUAAUACUGAGAAAUAUUUAUCUGUAUCACCAUGGUCUCCAAACAAAAUUAGUCAUAAACGCUUAAGAUAUGCUUGUUUUAGUCAAAGUGUAAACAUGGAUAAUCCCAAGGUUAAAAAACGUGAAAAACACUUGGGGACAACGUCAAUUACUAGCAUUGAUUUUGUUAGUUCGGAUAAGGAAAUCCUCGCCAGGCAUAAUUUAGGCCUAUCUUCAGUGCCAGUCACUUCACAACAACGUCGAAGUAGACUACUGGUAAAAACUGAUUUCUAUAAUUGGCAUGGCAUUAUAGCCUUACAGGAGGGACUGCUAACGUUGUUGAAAAAUUUUCUUUGUCUCUUGCCGGAUAACGCAGUGGAAGAGGUUUUAAAGCACUACGUUAAAGUGGAUAUCAUUUUAGUGUUAUCCAAUAAUGGGAGCUGUGCUGUGCGUACCGCCAUAAUUAAAUUAUUAGCGGUACUUUUGAAGCGUCUACAACAAAGUGACAUAGUUGCGCAUGUGAAAAGCUUAUAUCCCCAGCACUUGGCAAAUCAAAUGUCUUUAUAUGCAACUGAUAUGCAGAUGUUUGAAGCUUGUUUGGAAUGGGUUACUGGCACAUAUAAUAGUUCGUCAACAGUUCUGAGCUCCGACAUGACUUUGCACCUGGUUGACCGUUUCGGAAUCAAUGCUCUUUUGUCAAUUGUAAUAAAUAUGGCUAACAAUCAAAAUAGCCAUAAGGCAAAGGCCUUCAAAAUUCUCAACAAAAUGUUUAACACUGACACAGAACAGCAGCAACUUUUGAUUGAUGCCGGUUUGCUGCUUUGUUGCACUAAAUCGCUUUUCAAUCUAUAUUUAGGCUCAAACGUUGUAGAUUCUUUGUUAGAAGAAUCGAUACUGGCGCUUUUAACGAAAAUAGGAGAGAAGUCGUUGAAAUCAGUUGGUCUCAUCAAGGUUGUUUGGGAUAUUUUAAACAUGCUUACAUUCCUACACGAAGGUGCAAGUGCCGUGGUUAUCAAAAAUUUACGUUCUGCGCAAGCGCGCUUACAAUUAAAGUGGAUAAGCAUGUUUUUUGAGCCUGCAAAUGAACCAACCACUUUUAAAGUUAUUGUGCUGCCGAACUCUACGUUGUCUAUUAACGAGACUAAAGAGAGACUGCGCUUACUCAUAGAUCGUUGUGCCCAGUUUUUCACCAUUUGUGAUACUAAUUACACGUCUAGUGCUGCGGAGAUAGAACUUUUCCAACUAAUUGUUUCAUAUAGCAUUUCCACGAGCCAGCGUUGUAACAAUUUUAUAGCUUGGGGUCUGCAGCCAUCACGGCCGCGCGAACUGCGUGCUUUCAUUGUUGAUGCGCUCUGGAGUUCUUGCCAAUCCGAAUUAUUGCCGCCAGUUGUUUGCGAUGGAAAGAUAAUUAAAUCGUUUCUGUGGUUGUGUCUGCUCGAAGAUUUGGAAAAACCUUUGAGAAAUUUAGAGCGUCUAUGCAAACUAUUAGGUAUCAAUGAGCAUGAUUCGACAUGGAAUUUGGAAAAUGAACUGGAGCGUAUUGAGCUCAAUCGUAGUGCGGUUGCAGCGGAACAAAAGGCAAAAUUAGAAGAGACCGUUUUCCGGCUAGAACCGCUUGCUGUGAGUUGCAUUGAAUCGUCUAUGUUAACUACAAGGCGCGUUGCGGAGUUGCAGAACUCUGAACGCAAACUAUUAAUGUAUCAAUUAAAAGACUAUGAUGACGCCAGCAUUUACACAAGGUGGUUGGGAGUUGUACGGCGAAUGACACACGAAGGUGCGCCAUGGCACUCCGCAGAACGUUCGGAAAACUCUUGGGAAUUAGACGACACUGAAGGUCCAUCCAGGGUCCAUACGCGCCUGCGCCGAUGCCAUUUGGAUAUCGAUAAACGCUUCUUUAUGGAAGACUAUUACACUACGGAGCUGCGUAACAAUGAUAUUCCAUUGAAUUCGAGUACCUCUAGUAUAGCAGAAUAUGUACGACCAUUAGAAUAUCUUCUGUCCAGCUAUGACCAACAGCUCAAUAUUUCGCUCAACUCUCAAAUAUUGUAUAACUUUCCUGCCAAAUUCUUACCAGUAGAUGGCGAAAUAGAUGGUGAGAUUAUUAUAACCGAUCAUAAACUAUAUUUUAUGGCUACAUAUCGAUGCAAGUACUUCUACAUUAACUGUGAUAUCUCGAGUAUAAGUGAAAUUUGGCUUAAACGCUAUCAGCAUCAGGAAAAAGCUUUUGAAAUAUUUUUAGAUACAAAUCAAUCUCUAUUUUUCUCACUACAAAAUCAAGAAGAUUAUAAAAUUAUGUACGAUGUGUUUUGCGAUAAGAUCGUCACACAUCCCGACCAAGCAAAAAUUCUCGUAAUCACACAACAAUGGCGCGAAGGUUUAUUGACCAAUUGGGAAUACUUAAUGACACUUAAUCAAAUUGCUGGACGGACUUAUAAUGAUCUCAUGCAAUAUCCCAUAUUUCCAUGGAUAAUAUCAAAUUAUAUAUCCGACAUAUUGGAUUUGACUGACACAUCGAAUUUCCGUAAGUUGGAGAAACCUGUUGCUGUCCAGCACGAAGAGAAUGAACAACAUUACAUCAACAACUAUACGUACAUUAACAAUACGAUGACUAACAUGGGCUCCAUGACGCUGAAGCCGUAUCAUUAUAGCUCGCACUAUUCAAACUCUGGCACGGUGCUGCAUUUCCUCGUGCGCGUACCUCCUUUUACGAGUUAUUUCCUGAGAUACCAAGACAAUAAUUUCGAUUUACCCGAUCGAACAUUUCACUCUCUCAAUACCACCUGGAACCUGGCAAGUCGAGAUAGUCCUACUGAUGUUAAGGAGCUUAUACCAGAAUUUUUCUGUUUGCCAGAAAUGUUUGAAAAUUUCGAAAGAUUUAAUUUUGGUUGUCGACAAAAUGGCGAACGUGUGGAAGAUGUACAGCUGCCGCCCUGGUGUCUUCGUGAUGCUCGCCUAUUCGUACUCAUACAUCGGCAAGCAUUAGAAGCAGAGCUGGCUCGUAACCAACUGCAUCAUUGGAUCGAUUUAAUAUUUGGUUAUAAACAGUCGGGUGAAAAUGCAAUUGAAGCCAUUAAUGUUUUUCAUCCAGCGACAUAUCCAUCAUUCUUGGCAUCCAUUACCUCGGACCCAAUAGAACGGAAAGCUGUAGAAACCAUGAUAAAAACUUAUGGACAAAUGCCUAGGCAGCUUUUCAAAAAUCCUCAUCCGCAGACAAAAUCAUUGAACUAUUGUCUUGGCGCUAAGGAUGUGCUGCCAACCGUACGAGGUCUGCGUUGGGGUGUCUAUCUGGGAUCGCCACAGCUGCAUGCGCCAACGCUUGGUAAUAUUUACAAGAUUCCUGGCGCUGAAUAUUUGGUUUCAUUCAACAACACGAAUGUUGUCUAUGGUCUACCAACAAAAUCUUGUAUCAUGCAAGGUGCUGAAGUAGAUACAUUCAAUGUUAUAUCGUGGGAUUAUGAGGAUCACAUUGUUCGUAUCCAGCCACUAAAUAAGUUAAAUACCAAACCGAAAAACAUUCUGCGCAGCAACAUUAUCGACGAUAUUACUGCAUGUGGUGCCGAUCCCAAUUCAAAUCAACUUUGGUUCGGGCACAAGUCUGGCCGUAUAAGUAUAUAUAAAUGCAGCACCACAGACAUGAACAACCGAAUAGUGAAAAGUCGUCAGAAUUACAUUCGCGGUCUUCGGCGUUCCUACAAUUCGGCAUUUCGCAAACUAACCACUAAAAGUUAUGCAGAGGAAGGAGAUACCAGCCAUACGACACCACUAUUGUGUUCCACAAUGGGAACAACGUCCGAUGGACUACAACGGGAUAGUGCCGAUCUGACAUGGAAUGGGCCCGCAAUUCUGCUGCGACACACCGAUGAGGUGACGAGUAUACGUUUAUCGGUUGAAUUCAAAAUAGCGGUUUCUGCAGGGCGUGACGGAAUCGCCGUUAUUUGGGAUCUGAAUAAUUGGAACUACAUACGCACAAUCGAUAGACCUGCGGAGAUUCAUCAAUCGCCAAUAACAGUAAUUACUAUCAGCCCCACGUUGGGGGAUAUUGUUACUGUGCACACUACACCUCAGCAGUUGGCACCAAAACUGAUGCCAGAGCGCCAAACUAAAACAGUGAACGGUAAUGAUGAUGUCUCACAGCAUAAAAGUGAUGAGCGCACAACUUCACCGACAGUACCGGAUGAAUGUUUCGAGGUGACUGAAGAAAGUCUGGACGAUUUCGUGAAUGUGUCGAUAAAUCCAAAUGGAAAAUCAAUAUUGCGAUUGCACACGGUUAAUGCUCGUUAUGUCCAGCAUAUUGUACAUGAGGACCGUAUAUUGGCAGCCACAUAUUCUUAUAUCAAAGAGGGUGUUGGUGUUAAUGUCAUUGCUACGGCGGUGGAAGGAGGUACGAUACGUUUAUGGUCUAGCUGGAAUUUGAGUUUCGUUAGUGAGAUUGUCACAGGCAUAUCAAAUAUAAAAAGCAUUGUAUACUCAACACAUCAGCAUCUGGUGGCGCUAACAAAAGAUUCACACAUACAAGUGUGGGAAACUGAGGGACUUUAUGGGAAUUCGCCAAAAUUUCCACAAAUAGCAUAUAAGUAAUAAAGUGGUGGGGUAUACAAAAUAAUAAUUUCA